CUGGCCCUGGCGCCGCCCUGGGCCACCAGGGCACGAGCCAACAUGCCCGUCGGCACCCCCAUCCACCGCCUCAUGGUCGACCCCUACAUUGCCGUGGUGGCGGGGGCCCUGGCCACCUGCAACAUCCCCCUGGCCUUCCUGGAGCCCACCAUUGCCAACUGGAUGAAGGAUUCCAUGGGGGCCAGCGAGUGGGAGGUGGGCCUCACCUGGCUGCCUGCCUUCUUCCCCCACGUGCUGGGCGUCUACGUCACCGUCCGGCUGGCCGCUGCUUAUCCCCACCUCCAGUGGUUUUACGGGGCGCUGGGCAUGGCCGUCAUCGGCGCCAGCUCCUGCCUCGUGCCAGCCUGCAGGAAUUUUGGGCAGGUCAUCAUUCCCCUCUGUGGCAUCUGCUUCGGCAUCGCCCUGGUGGACACGGCCCUGCUGCCCACCCUGGCCUUCCUGGUGGACGUGCGCCAUGUGUCUGUCUACGGCAGUGUCUACGCCAUCGCAGACAUCUCCUACUGUGUGGCAUAUGCCCUGGGGCCCGUUGUGGCCGGCCAGAUUGUGCACACCAUGGGCUUCGUGCAGCUCAACCUGGGCAUGGGGCUUGCCAAUGUGCUUUAUGCUCCUCUCCUCCUCUUCCUCAAAAAUGUCUGCCAAAUGAAACCUUCUCACUCGGAGAGGAACAUCCUCCUUGAAGAAGGACCUAAGGGACUCUAUGACACCAUCAAAAUGGAGGAACACAAAGGCAUGAGUAAAAGCCUCCGGCCAGCGGGUGAGACAGAGGAGAACAGCAUGGACUCUUACCGCAGAGACCUGACAGGGGUGUCCGAGGAGGACUCGUCGGACUAUGAGUACAGUUAG